GCAGCGGACUCAGACUCGCCUGCCCGUAAUCCCUGCCAGCUUUUCAGUGUGUUUCUGGAGCAGUUUGCGUGCGGCGGUGUUUUUUGUGCAGUGUUGAGUGGCUAAAGUGCAGGCUUGUUUAGAGCUUUACAAACAGUUUUUCGACCCGAUUUAAAGUGCAUAUAAGUUCUACAAAAAAAACUUGAAAGCAUCCCACACUGGGCCGAAACUUUAUUUGCACUGCAAGCGGAGCAACGUGCAUGCAUAUUUAUAAACGGAUUGGGGGGGCGUGGCAGGUCGGCGGCGGCGGCGGACAAUGAACCAGCCCACGCAGCGAGGACAAUAGUUUUCAGACUGGAUUGGCAGGGGAUGUCAGCGGAGGAGCGGCAUGAGUUCGCCUUCUUGGAGCUAUGCCAGUUCUGGAACCGGAGCGGCCCUAGAAUCCACAUCCACAUAACUGCACGGCGAUAAGUAACGAUAAGAAGGCAACAAUAGCCGGAAAUGGGCAGUCUGCCGAAUCUUCACGAGCUGGAGGAGGCGGAGCGCAAGCGGGAGAAGCGGCGGGAGUACGAGCUGCUGCUGGAGCAGCGCGCCCGGGACACCAGUCGGGAGCGGGAGCGACUCUCCGCCUUCGCUCAGCAGCGCAAGCAAUCAUCGUAUAAUGCUCACGUAAUGGCUGGUCUGGGCAUUGGCGGAGGAGGAUCCUCGAGCCUCAAUGCAGCCGGAGGAGCAGCCACCGGAAACGGAGAACUGCCCAGUGGCAAUGGCACGAAUGCCGGCAAAUCGCAGAACCAGUCCAUCCAGGGAGCUGCAUCUGGGUUGGCCACCAGUUCGGGUGCCCCGGUGGCCACCAGUGGCUUUGCCCUGCUCGGCAUGGGCAAAAAGUAUGCCCCACACUCGCACCACCAUCAGCAUCAGCACCACCAGCACCAUCAGCACCGCCAUUCUCUGACCACCAGGCACCGAGUGCUCCGGACCCGCAGCUCUGGAGGAGCCCAGAACGUCUGGGACGAGCAGAUGAUGGAGCAGCAUCUGGCCACAUAUUCGCCGUCGCCUAUUUCGACCAGGUCGCAUCGCAUAAAUCCGGUGUCUUCGUACCAGGUGCAGGCUGCCCUGGCGGCCUCGCGUCGUCGGGAGUCGAUAAACAGCUCCAUUGGGGCCACCUCCAUCCGGCGGCUGAUAACGCUGAACAACCGGAAUUGCCGGCACAAGGUGCCUGCCCACGUGCGGCAGAAGGUGUGGCGCCAGUUCAGCUGCUUGAGCCUGGCCCACGGACUGAUGAACUGCGUCCUGCUGCCGGUGAUGGCGCUGCAAGGCUCCAAUGCGGUGUGGCACCACCGGGAGCAGUGGCUGCCCCUUGGCCCCGAGAUUGGAUCCCUCCUGCUCAGUGCUCUGUUCCUGGUGGCCGCUGGGAUGAGCCUGCCCAGUGUUCGACUGAUGAAACGCUAUGGCUAUGGCCCGCUCCUGGUGGCCAACUACAUGGCGGUUGUUCUGUUUCUCCUCUCGCAUCUGUACGCCUCCAUAUACACCCUUCUGCCAGCCUAUUUGCUGCUCGGCGUGACCAUGAGUGGAUCUGCAGCCUCCAAAGCGUCCCUGAUCGUCCACUUUGGCGGAAAGCUGAGCUGCUCCUGUGACUCCCAGCAGUCGCAGGCAGCUGUGGACGUGCUGCACGAGGAGCACAAGAUGUUGUGCAAUCGGGAUCAGAAGGUGAGACGUCUGGCCAGGUGGUUCAGGGUGUCCCAGGACCUGGGACUCAUCGGAGGGGCCCUGCUGGCCUCCAUUCUGCUGGCCUGCAGCGAUGGCGACUUCACUGGCGAUUGCUCGGGACUCGUUUACUACGGCAACGAGAGCUGGCCACCGCAGCUGAGGGACUUCUACAAUAGGAACGAGCAUGGCGACAGGAUCUGUGGCGCCGACAUGUGUCCCCUGAGGGUGCAAUCCCUGCUGGCAGGGGGUUGGGCCAAUGGCAGCUCCAUACCCAGCUCCAUCUAUGCCGGCUUCAUCGAGAGUGAGCCCCGGGUGGCCGGACAAUCGCUGCUCUGGCUGUAUGUCCUCUUCGCGCUGAUAUCCCUGGUCCUCUCCCUUGUGAUGAUACUGGACAAGGUCCAGGCCACGGGAUCAUCGCGACCGGAACGACUGAGGGAUGUGAGCAUCACGGAUACCCUGCUGUUCGCCGGUCCCUUAGCCUACUUUGUGGGCACGGAACAGGCCUACAUGCUGGGCGACUUCCUGAGGGCUUUCGUCACCUGCUCCCUGGGCAUCGGCAUGAUUGCCGGCGCCCUGAUCGGCAUGGGUCUGAUGCAGCUCAUCGUCUCCUGCACCCUGAGCAUGCUGCUGAGGCACGUCAAGAGGAUCGUAGUGAUUUUGGCCGGCUUCUUCUUUCACUCCUGCCUGCUGCUGGCCCUGUCCAGUUGGAAGCCUUCCAGCGACGACAGUGCGCUGUUCUACGUUAUUGCCGCCUCGUGGGGCGCCUGCAACGGGAUGUGGGAGACCCUGCUGCUCUCGCUGGUCACCCUCAACCACGCCAGCCAUGUGACGGAGGUGCAGGCGCCCCUUCUGGCCCUGCGAUUCCUGGGCCUGGGUCUGACCUUCGCCGGACACGGCUUCCUCUGCGAAUCGAUGAAGAUCAUUGCCCUGGUGGUGCUGCUGGUGAUCAGUGUGCCGCCAUACGCCACCCUGGAGAUCCGCCUGGAGGCGCAGCGCAAGGCGACGCUCGUCAGCUUAUGACGCAGCAUCUUCAGCUAGUCCCGACGGAUGCGACGGGAUGUGGUGGCCCGGACGCACACCAUGUGACAUGUUCCGGACACGGACACGGAUGCGGAGGCGGACACACAGCCGCAACCGGAUCUCCUGCAAUCGCAACCCGUCAGUAUUGAACGAGAGCCACAAGUCAAGCGACGCCAGCUGCACUUGGAGCUCUGCGGGCAGAAGUCGAGGCAUACGGAUAGGGAUACGGUGUAGGCCGGGCGAUCAGCAUUCGGCAUCUUUAGAGAUCCGGGAGCGUCAACGGAUACAUCCCAUCGGUUCUUGACCUCUGCCCGCCGGCCCGGGUAUAAGACUAGUUCAUAAGAUUGCUCUAAGCCCAGUCACAGAGGGGCCUCCCUCGAUGUGGGUGCGUUCUCAAUUCGUAGCAUUUGCCAGUGCCAGUAAUGUUGUUCCAUGUCUAUAACUAUCUAUCAAAUAGAAAGCAACCAGGAGAGGGGAAAGGAGCUUUAUCAGCCACAAUAAGCAUGUAAUGUAGCCCGUAGGACGUUGUGUGUGUACGCCUAUGUAAAUCCGAUCUGAGACGAUACGAUACCACUGCUGUGUCCACAUGUGUGCUUGCCCCAAGAGUUGUGUGCCCCCAGUGUAUCGGAGUGUAUUCAUGGAGCCACCACCUAGAUCGAAACUCCAGUUUGCAGCUCCCAAACCGAACCGAACCGAUCCGAUCCGGUCCAGAAUCAAUGUGUUACUUAUGUGUUGUGUCGGUGUUAUGUGCGUUACGUAGGUUUCGAGACCCUCCACUUUAACUACCCAUGGGCAGACGGCUCCCCUGUCCCCCGAUUCGGAGAGAGCCAGCUGCUAGCUGUUAUGAUAACCAGGUGAAAUCCUAAGGUCUAGGUCCAAAAACAACAAUGUUAACAUUUUGAGAAUUUUGAGAGUAACCAUUUUGCGGCCGUUCGAGAUUUCGUACAUCGGGCUAAGUAUUGCAUGCUAGCCAUAUACUAUACAUAUAUACACAUAGGCAUAGUAUGUAUUUUUUCCCAGCGCCGGUUCCAUCUGAAUAUCGAGUAGAGCAAGUCGCAAACGAGUCAAGCCGCGGAGAGAGAUGGGAUCGAGUUCUACGUGUGCUGGAUGUGUAUUGUAUAUUGUAGGUGUCCAUCUCCAGAUCAAAUAAACAAUCCAAAGCAAGUGUAUCGCUGGUUCGUAUUGGGCUCUAAUGGGCAAUUAAAUACGCUCGGGUCUUAGCUUGAUUACAGACACGGCGUCUGGCAAAGCUUUUACAGCGGAGCACAGUGGGGCGAACAAGCCAAAAAAAUGCCUAAAAUCGUAGGAGCGCUAGGGGCAAUAAAAGGUUCAAGAAAAACCCAUUAAGUACAAUUUUUAGUGAAGUUUCUUUUUUUAAUUUAAAAAAAAGAUUUACUUCAAGUAAUAUUAAAAUAUAAAUA